AUGUCUACCCCUUCACUUCCACAACUAUUUGCUCGAAGCCUUGCCUCUGCCUCAAAAUCCCUCGGUUUGCCCAAUAUAGAGGAUGAGGCCCAGGAACUUGUGCAAUCAAGUUUACAAGACCUUCUUAGCCUUCAAUCACGAAUAACCGGACUCUCACUUUUCAGUCCCAAUGAAACGCUUGAAGAUAUCUCGACCAGGGAACUCGUGUAUCUUUUGUUACCGUUUGUUCUCUCAGAGGUGCAGGGACGUGUGAGGACAACUGAGAGAGAGGAUCGAUUGGAAUCACUGGAAAAAUCGCAGAAAUACCUGAAAGCAUUUCUUGGACUCCUGGAGAAUUACCAGAUCGUACCCGAAGAUGAAGUCGCGCUGUACCAACAGAACUCAUCCUCCGUUACCAAUCCUGCAAGUCGUAGGGAAUUGAAGAUCAAGCAAUACCAGAAGGAGAAGGAUCUACGCGCUCGAAUACAAGUGAUACGGAAGCGCAGACACCAGGAACAGUUACAAACAGACUUCCCUAACGACUUUGACCUCAUUGCUUCCUUAUUACCUUCCUCAACCACGAAUCAGUCAGAUCAAGAAGAAGAGGAAGACACCCAGACCGAUGAUGUUCUUCGUGAAGCUACACUCCUCCUUAUCCGACUAUGCUUUGCUCAAGCCCAUUCGCAGCUUCAAAGUAUGGAUCAGGAAAUCGAACUUUUGCGAACUGCCCCUCCGAGGAUAGCACCUCCAAGGCCCGCCGAAAGCUCUCCGGAGGGUCAGAAAGAUAAACAGAAGGAAAGCGAGAAAGAUAUGUGGAGAUUGGAUGCACCCCGUGCCUCGGGUGGUCCUGACGGUAGAGGGCCGUUACUUGAUUCUUCGGGAAGACCCCUGCGACCAUUCACGAUCCUUCCAUCUGGCGCAGGCGAUCGAGCACGUCUCCAGGCCCAAGUCUUCCGCCCGGACCAUAAUUUGCCCACAAUGUCAACCGAUGAGUAUCUUGAAAUUGAACGUCAACGCGGGAAAUUCAUAUCAGGAGGAGGCCCGGCAUCCGAAGCAGCCCUUACAACCUCUGAACAAUUGGCCCUGGAUUCUGAAAUGGACGGAACCAGGGAAGGAGAAGAGAAUUCGGAAGCCAAACGACAGAAAGAUGAGAAGUGGGCCAUCUUUACGGAUGAAAAUCCCAGAGGAACUGGGAACACGAUGAAUAGAGGUUGA